CAUGCUCUCAAGUUCAAAUUUCCUGACCAAAACAGAGGUGUCCGGUUCGUUUCGUGAUUCUUUAGUGGUGUUCCUCGGAAUUGCAAAACAUACUCACUUGCAGAAGAAGUUUGCAAAGUUAACUCCAGAGAACUAUUUGGUUUCAAUGAUCACAUUACGAUUACAACUGACUUAGGGAUUGUUGAUUGCUUUUCAUUUUGGAAAGGCUUUUGGGCAUUAUGGAAAGAUUCAAGAUAAAUAACUUGUGGGUGCAUUUUCCCUUUGUCCCAUAUGCCCCACAAGAGGUCUUCAUGAAGAAGAUGCUUGAAAGCAUGGACAAAGCUCAAAAUGCUUUGUUAGAAUCACCAACAGGUACAGGUAAGACACUAUGUCUUGUCUGCGCCUCUCUGGCUUGGCUUGAUAGACAGAAAAAAAUUAAUGAAACGCCUGAGUUGUAUGAGGAUGAUCCUGAAACUGCCUCCGACAAACAAACAACAUCUGAAGAAAAACUUGAUGAAACCCACCUUUCUGGCGAUUUAUCAAGUGCUGAGAAGAAGGAAGAAAGACGAUCUCACAAAAUUUACUUUUGUACUCGUACUCAUUCUCAACUUAUUCAAGCUGUCAAUGAAUUUAAAAACACGUCAUAUGGACAUCUGAGGUCAGCAACACUGGGUUCAAGGAAACAACUGUGCCUUAAUCCUUGUGCACUUAAGGCUGGAAGCAAUCUUGAUGACAAAUGUGCUUCAUUAAGGAAUGUCAAACGUGAAAGUAAAUGUUCUUCACCUGGACCAGAUAUUGAAGAUCUUCCAGAAAAAUGUUCCUCAUGUUUUGAUGACCACCGCUGUCAGUACUACGUGAAUUAUGAACAAAUGAAGCAGUCAGGAAGAGAUCAUGAUUUCACCAUGGCGCCUGCCAUGGAUCAAAGGACAUUAAUUGAAAAAAGUCGCAAACACAAAGUAUGUCCAUUUUAUAUGUCCCGACACCUUCAAAAACAAGCUGAUAUAAUAUUUCUGCCCUAUGCUUACAUUUUUAAUCCUCAUAUCUUGAGAGGGUUGCAGUUAAAUGUUGAGGAUUCUAUCAUUAUCAUUGAUGAAGGACAUAAUUUGGAGAAAGUUUGUGAAGAAAACGCAUCGUUUGAAUUGAAGAUUUCAGAUAUUGCAAACUGUCGUGCAGAAUUACAUUCAAUAUCAGAUCUAGAUGAGCUUGAUGAUAGCUAUCCAAAAGAUGUCCUCAGAAAAAAUAUUCAGGAACUUGAAGAUGUAUUUCUGAAGCUUGAGGCAUUAUUUGCAAAUCGUAUUUUACCAGGCACUCAGAUACCUCAUUAUGAUGGGGAAUACUGUAUCCGUCUGUUUGAGGAGGCAGGGAUCACACCUGCUCAAUAUCAAAGACAAUUGUACAACUUGAAGCAGUUGAUUCAGUUUUUAGGUGCCAAGGAGCGAGCGACGACUGGCAUGAAGAAAAUGAAUAGUGUGAUCAGCACUGUUUACUGUCUUGAAGAGAAAGAAAAUGGAACUUUGACGACAACUUUGAGAGACAGUUUUGUCCUUUAUAAAGAGAUUAUACCCCCUGAAAAGUUAAAAGAAAAGCCAGACUUGGAGCCCAAAAUAUUCUUUUGGUGCUUUAAUGCUGGUAUAAUAAUGAAAUCCUUGAUGGAGAAGGGGGUGCAUUCCUUCAUUGUGACUAGUGGGACUCUGGCACCUCUUCGUCCCUUGCGUGAAAGUUUAUCUAUUCCAUUCCAAGUAGAGUUAUUGAAUGAACAUGUUGUGGACAGCUCUCAGGUCCUGAGCCUCUGUGUUACGGAGGCUCCAACCUGUACAGGUGAUAAAAAAGAAUUACUUGAUGUAUCAUACAAUAACAGGGAGGAAAAUGGGAAGCAGCUGUAUGAUGCCCUUGGCAAUGUUAUUAGGGAAAUCGUGAGAUAUACUCCCAAUGGAGUUCUUAUAUUCUUUACUUCAUCCACUGUAAAGAAUCAGUGUCUUACAAGAUGGAAUGAUAUUUUUAACAGAAGUGGUAUAAGUCUUUACCAUGAAAUCAACAAUCUUAAGGAGAUAUUUGAGGAACCAAAGGAAGCGUCUGACAUGAAUGAUCUACAAUUGAGGUACACCUCAAAGAUUGAACUUACGUCUGGUGCAUGUCUCAUUGGUGUCACAAGUGGAAAGGUCAGUGAAGGUAUUGAUUUCAAAGACAAACUGGGAAGGGCUGUCAUAAUGGUGGGAUUGCCGUAUCCUCCAUACUUUGAUCCAUGGGUGGUGCAUAAGAGAGCCCACUUGUGUAGGACGCGAGGUUCAGCUGUAAACAACGAGUGGUACUUGUCACAGGCCAUAAGACCUGUGAAUCAGGCACUAGGACGAAUUAUUCGGCAUCAGAAAGACUAUGGAGUUGUCAUUUUGCCUGAUGACAGGUACUCAACACCUAGAGUGCGUCAAGGUCUGCCUCACUGGCUUAACCAGGGUUUGAGAAAUGUCAACUUUGAAGAUCUUCGUCCUAUUUUACGACAAUUCUUCUCUACAAUUCCUCUGAGGAUAAAGAAUAUUGGAAUACGAACGGAAGAGCAGCAGGCUAUCAUCCGCAGACGCCAUCAGGAAGAGUUAAAGAAGGAAGAUCAUACUGCAGACAUAUACUUUGACCUUAUCGCCAAAAGAGAUGAAGAAUUAGAACGAAACAGUAAAGUAAAUGCAGAAAUACAAAUUCUCCUAAAGGCAAUCCAAGACAAAAAACUUGUAUUUGGAAGACUUUCCACAGAAGUAAAAGCAAAAAGAGAUGCUCUUGCACUGGAGAAAAUGAAGGAAGAAAAAGUUAAUCUGGAGAGUCCUGAAGUAAAAGGAACAAGUGAGAAGACGAGUGAUGACUGUGUUACUGUUGAAGUCAAAGAGGAGAGCGAUUUAAGUCAGGUUUUAGUUGGUGACUGUGUUAAAGUUGAAGUCAAAGAGGAGAGUGAUUUAAGUCAGGUUUUAGUUUCAAAGGUUUAAGUUUAUUGGUUUGUAAAAACAAAAUUUCUCAUUUUAUUUUGUGUGUAUAUGUUUCUAUAAAAUGUCCAUAUAUUGUCUAUUCUUCAUAAAAAUCGAACUCAGAGAAUGUUGAAUUUUCAUGCAGAGUUUAUUAUUAUUAAGUGCAUUUUAACUUCAGUUAUCAAACACUUUAUUACUGAAGCUGGUCUUGUAGCAUUUAUUUUAUUUGCCUGCUGACCUCAUGCACUCAUAAAACUGCACAAGGUUGUCACUUCGGCUCAUGCAUCCGAGGGCAAGGUCGAUCCAGCUGUGCACUGCUGCAGCAGAUGUGAAGCUCUAUAGGCAAAGCACAUGUAGUUGUAUCAAUAAAAAAUUUUUUUAUCAUGAGCAGUAUAUAAACAUGUGAACCUUUCCUGUUGCUAGUUAUUCAUACUGUUUUUAAAACAAAUUCUAAUAAAACGAUUGCCAUGA